AUGGCUAAAGCAAGGACCACAUCGAAACAUUCCCGCGCCGCCAGACGGGAUAUUUCCCCGAGCGCCGACGCCGACAAGUCGUUGCUGUCUGCACCUCGCGCUGAAACGACGGUCAUUCAGCGUGACUCCAUUCUCUCCGAACGUGCGAAUGCCGGUGUGUCAAAGAAGCAAUCGAAGCCCAAAAAUCUGUCAAGGGCCCAGCGCCAAAGGCAAAAAAAGGGUAUGGAAAGAGCAGAAAUGGUGGUUGAUCAGCUGGAGAAUAAGGUGGCCAAAAGUGUCAAGCGGGGCAAGAAUGUGCAAGCACGUAGGGCCGACUGGGAUGACUGGAACCGCAAAACGGCCAAAUUCGAAGCUCUUCAACAGAUCGCUGCCGACGGCGACGAUGGUGACGAUAAUGAUGAUGACGAUGUUAUGGUUGACGACUCUGCACCCAAGUCGAAUAAGCGGGAAUCGAAACCCGCACGUGUGACGCAAAACUUGGUGGCCGAUGACCACGCUGGCAAUGACGAGGAUGAAGAGAUCACUUGA